GUUUAUCUAAUUCUGGAAUAUGCACCACUUGGGACAGUCUAUAGAGAGCUUCAGAAACUUUCCAAGUUUGAUGAGCAGAGAACUGCUACUUAUAUCACAGAAUUGGCAAAUGCCCUGUCUUACUGUCAUUCCAAGAGAGUUAUUCAUAGAGACAUUAAACCAGAGAACUUGCUGCUGGGAUCGGCUGGAGAGCUGAAGAUUGCAGAUUUUGGGUGGUCAGUACAUGCUCCGUCCUCCAGGAGAACCACUCUGUGUGGUACCCUGGACUACCUGCCCCCCGAGAUGAUUGAAGGCCGGAUGCACGAUGAGAAGGUGGAUCUCUGGAGCCUCGGAGUCCUCUGCUAUGAGUUUCUAGUCGGGAAGCCUCCUUUUGAGGCACACACUCACCAGGAGACCUACAAGAGGAUAUCGAGGGUUGAAUUCACAUUCCCUGACUUUGUGACAGAGGGAGCCCGGGACUUUAUCUCAAGGCUGCUAAAGCAUAAUCCAGGCCAGAGGCCGACUCUUAGUGAAGUACUGGAACACCCCUGGAUUACAGCAAAUUCG